CACCUGUCAAAGCGUCAUCGGAGCGGGCAUUACUAAUAUUCAGUCGAUAGUAAAGUAACGUUUAGUGCCUUUUCUCAUUGGCUUCUUUGGGUUAUUGUAUACAACUGAUCGCCAGAACGCAUACGGCGCCUAUUUUAGGCUAACGAGUGCCAACGCAUCACUUUAGCCAGGAUGGAGUUAAUGGUGGACACCGCUAAGAGCCAGGGUCAGACCCAGAGCCAGGGGGGUCAGGCUGUCUCCCCUCCCUCAAUCUUCCCGUAUCGCUUCACCUCAGACGGGCGUCUGUGUCACCGGGUCACCCAGGAGCCCUUCAUGUUCCAGCGGGGCUGUGACCCAGACGCCACCCAGAGAGAGGACCGGGCCUUGUGUCUCCACGUCACCCAACACGUUCACUCUCUCCUGGAGGAGCAGCUGCACCUCAUCAGGCUCUACCUCCCAUCUCUCAGCAAGGAGGACUACCUCCCUCCUCCACCUCUCAGCAAGGAGGUUCACCUCCCUCCUCCACCUCUCAGAAAGGAGGUCUACCGCCCUCCUCCAUCUCUAAGCAAGGAGGUCUACCUCCCACCUCCACCAGAGCCCCAGGGGCAGGGGGACCACAGAGUCUACUUUAGCCCCCACCGAGGAGCCCCCAGCCAGGGCUACGUGUACCUAUCCCCUGGGGCCCUGGAGAGCCCUGCCACCCUGUUGGUGGUGGUCCAGGACCGGGGAACGAUGCGCUGUGGGCUGUGGAGCUGGAGGGUUGCUGCCAGCGAGGGUCUGGAGAGAGGCAGCAUGAUCCCCUACGUGAGGAGGGUCCUGGAAGAGGGCAGCUCUGUCCUCCUGAUGAACCCCAACCAAGGAGGAGGUGUUGGGGAGACUCCAGAGGAACACGUGCACCGCGUCUGGGACCUCCUAGUGUCGCGCUGCGUCUCCCGGCAUGUUGUCGUGGUAGCGCACGGUUACGGAGGCCUGGCGUUCGUGGACCUGCUGUGCCGACGCCCACAGCAAGUGGUGAGGCAGGUGUGGGCGGCGGCCUUCCUGGACUCCUCCCACAGCCUGUGGCACCAGCCAUUGGACGCGGCGGGCCGGGAGUGGCUGAAGACACGCUCCAGGAGGUGGGUACUGAGCUCCAAGCCCCUGAACCAGCCGGUGGGGUCGCUGAAAGCAGGAUGCUCUCAGAUGUCAGCUGGGACCCAGAGUCAUAACGUGGCUCCAUCUGUCUGCAUGGAGUCUGUGUUCAGGUUCUUCUCCAAAACGCUGAGUCCUAAACCACCCGCCACCUUCAGUAUGGUGACCCGCAGCAGGGGCACAGUGGGACAGAUCGGACCUCACAACGGGAGAGGCAUCACCAGGCCUUACUGACAGCACCAGUGGGACAGAUCAGACCUCACAACGGGAGAGGCAUCACCAGGCCUUACUGACAGCACCAGUGGGACAGAUCAGACCUCACAACGGGAGAGGCAUCACCAGGCCUUACUGACAACACCAGUGGGACAGAUCAGACCUCACAACGGGAGAGGCAUCACCAGGCCUUACUGACAGCACCAGUGGGACAGAUCAGACCUCAUAACGGGAGAGGCAUCACCAGGCCUUACUGACAGCACCAGUGGGACAGAUCAGACCUCACAACGGGGGAGGCAUCACCAGGCCUUACUGACAGCACCAGUGGGACAGAUCAGACCUCACAACGGGGGAGGCAUCACCAGGCCUUACUGACAGCACCAGUGGGACAGAUCAGACCUCACAACGGGAGAGGCAUCACCAGGCCUUACUGACAGCACAGUGGGACAGAUCAGACCUCACAACGGGAGAGGCAUCACCAGGCCUUACUGACAACACCAGUGGGACAGAUCAGACCUCACAACGGGAGAGGCAUCACCAGGCCUUACUGACAACACCAGUGGGACAGAUCAGACCUCACAACGGGAGAGGCAUCACCAGGCCUUACUGACAACACCAGUGGGACAGAUCAGACCUCACAACGGGAGAGGCAUCACCAGGCCUUACUGACAACACCAGGGAAGUACAGGAGCACAUUUGGAAUUGAGUAUUUAUUUUUUGCUCAGAAAGACAAAUGUCUAAUUCAUGCUAAUACAUUUUUCUGGACACUGGAUGAAGUCAUCCUAAAUAUUUUUAGUUUCAUUUUGUUAAGACACUCCAGGACCGGACUUGUCCACAGCAGAUUGUCGAUAAAUACUUUUUUUCAUCUUACUAUCUGUAAAAUAAUAAAGACAUUUAUGUUAAA